GCAAUUCAGACGUAUACUAAUGCACAAUUCAGAUGUGUACACAGAUCUCUGUUACUGUGUGUGUGUUAUGUCACAGUGCAAUAUGUGUUGUUUGGAGCAGAGGAAGGACUCUUCUCUCUACUGGUCACCAAUAACCCUGACCCGGUCAUGGAACAGGUCUCCUCCAGGCCAUGCCACUGGAUUCGUGUGGUAGAAAACUCUAUGAUCUGGCUCUCUGGAAGGAGCAACCGAAUUGUGUCCAUGACAAAUCUGAUUCUCUUGUUCCGAUCUGAAUCAGCCCAGGCCUCUCUUCAACACAGGAGCAGGCAACACACUACAAAGAUUGCUGACUCCAAAGGCUGCAUCAAAUGCUGCAUCGCCCGGAAUCCGUUCACAGAUCAGAGAUACCUGAUAGCAGUAGUUCCCAGAGGAAUUCUACUGCUGCAGUGGUUCCAGCCAAGGCACGCCUUCAUGCAUGUCAUGUUGUUUGAGUGUCAGACUCCUCUGCCACUCAACCUCCUGGAGGCCUAUGUGGUGGAGAAUGAGGAGUACCCUAUCGUUGUCCUCGGAGUGAAGGAGAGCCCUGAAGGGACAACUCUAUUUGACACCCUCAACCUCAACUCCCAGGCCAGCUGGUACGCAGACCAACCUGAUGGGAAGUCACUGCGCGUCCUCUGUCUACAGCAGCUAGAGAAGGACACCAUCUUCAUUGGCCUGGAACGUGCUGCAAAGUUUGUGGGCCGGAAUGGACAGCUGAAACCAAGCACCAUUCAGGCCUCUCACAUUACAUUCGACAAGACUUCAGAACACAUGGUGUUUCUAUCAAACUGUGUGCUGAGUUUCCACAGACACGGGAUGCAGGGAAAAUCACUCGCCACCCAACAAGUGACAGCGGAAGUAGCAGAUGGCUCAAAAGUGUUCCAUUUGCUGGGCUCUUACGGGUAUGACAGAUAGCUACUGCAGAUUGUAAACCUCCUAGCCUCAUGGGUUGCACACGUGAAGCUUGGCCUAAGUCGGUAGUCUGCAAGGCACCUUGAGGUUUAAGUUGGGAGCAGCAGGAAAAGUGGGAGAACGUUGUUGAUUCACUAUUUUGUAAAGAAGGAUCAUCAUUUAACACUUUUUGAGUCUCGAAAUGUGCUGGUCAGCAUUUUCCCUUUGUUCUUAGCUCGUAACCCAUGGUUUUCUCACGGCAUUGGGUAACCAACAACAUUUUUCGUGACUCCAAACUUAGUCUAAAUGAAGUAUAUAACAAGGGGAUCAGCAGCAGCACCUACAAUUUAGUUAGAGCCCAAACACACCACUUACAUAUCAUUCUGAAAGAUACCAGUAGUUACAACAGGCAAUGUGGUUUUGUAGCUACAUAGAUGACUAAUAAUCUGUGGAUUUGUAGGACGAUUGUGAUAGAGACUCGACCGGCAGAAGAACCAACAUCUCCCAGCAACAUCUACAUUCUGGUCUCCGAAGACACCCCGCCACCCAACCAGUAGCAGCAGCUCCGCCCAUAACCACACCCACUGCUCUCGUUUGGUCUUACUCGUCGCCUCGGAAACUUCGAUAUUGUCAUAGGGAACUGUUUUCGUUUUUCCUAAUAUUAUUUGCCUCUUUCGAGGACUAAUUCAUUCCUUUCGCUUACUCAUUAUCGUAUGUAUGUAGACAAUUAUUUUUUUCACGCACCGUACGUCUUUCGCAAUAGCCUGUGUAUUUUACUUAUUAUAUAAUGUGUGGUAAUCCUACUGUAGUAACGGUGUAUAUAAAUAUCAUGCACCAUUAAUUUUUGUACUUGUCUUUUAGUCUCUUUAAUAAUCGUUAUGCUCUUUGACUUGCAUGAAUUCAACUGUGUGUUCCAUUGUGGUAUAUAUUUCUCACCUGAUGAUGAUAAAAUAACC